AUGGAUCAUCCCGAGACGAAGAAGCCUCACGACGAGGAAGCCGUCCACGUCCGUGAACAUGGGCCCUCCUCCCUCGACUCGGACAGCACCCACCUCGACGAAAUCGACCAAGACUGCCUCCCCGAUGGCUACUUCCGCAGCAAGUUCUUCCUCGGCUCCAUGACGGCCAUCGGCCUCGGCCUCCUCGCCGGCGUCUGCGGCUUCGCCUACGCGGCCCCGAUCCUCACCGUCAUCAACGCAGACAUCGGACCGGACCCAAACAUCGUCUGGGCAGCCCUCGUCUACACCCUCACCUCAGCCGUCUGCCUGACCAUCAUCGGUCGCGUGACCGACAUCUUCGGCCGGCGCCCCGUCUUCAUCGCCGGCGCCGCCCUCGGCGUCAUCGGCAGCAUCGUCGCCGCCACCGCGACCUCGGUCAACAUGUUCAUCGGCGGCACCACCAUCAUCGGCAUCGCCGCCUCCACCCAGCUCUCUUUCUACUACGUCGUCGGCGAGCUCGUCCCCAUGAAGUACCGCCUCGCCGCCAACGCCGUCUGCUACGUCUUCUGCAUCCCCGGCUCCGGCUUCGCCCCCGUCAUUGCCCAGGCCUUCGUUCAGUGCCACCCCCACAUCGGCUGGCGCGGCUGCUACUACAUCCUCAUCGCCAUCAACGCCGCCUCCCUCGCCUGCUGGGUCCUCUUCUACCACCCGCCCACCUUCAAGAUGAAGUACGGCGCCCACGCCCGCGUCUGGUCCUACGUCCGCGCCUUCGACUACCCGGGCGCCUUGCUCUACACCGGCGGCCUGCUCGUCCUCAUGCUCGGCCUCAACUGGGGCGGCGUCGUCUACCCCUGGUCCUCCGCGAGCGUCAUCGCCACCAUCGUCGUCGGCGUCGCCGCCCUCGCCGCCUUCGUCGCCUGGGAGUCCCUCGCCGCCCUCCGCGAGCCCUUCGUGCCCAUGCGCUACUUCCGCAACCUCGGCUGGGUCGCCUCCGCCAUCCUCUCCGGCCUCGCCGCCAGCGUCUACUUCGCCUUCGCCCUCGUCUGGCCACAGAUGGUCGCCGUCCUCUACGCCGACCCGAUCAACCGCCCCUUCUUCGGGCCCCUCCUCUCCUCCUUCGUCGCCCUCUUCACCCUCGUCGGCCAGAUCGUCGGCGGCUUCUCCGGGAAGUACAUCGGCCGCCUCAAGUGGCAGUGCGUCAUCACCGCCUUCCUCGGCGGCGUCUGCUUCGCCUCCGUCGCGACCUGCGGGCCCGACACGCCCACCCGCGCCACCGUCCUCGUCUGCUUCGGCGUCCUCCUCGUCGGCUGGGUCGAGGGCCUCUCCAUCUCCAUCACCACCCUCGCCGGGCCGGACCAGCUCAACCUCGGCGGCGCGAGCGGCAUGGCCGGCAGCAUCCGCUUCCUCAUCAGCGCCGUGGGUUCGUCCGUCUACAACGUCAUCUUGAGCAACCGCCUCGCCGAGACGGUGCCCGCGCGCGUGCCCGCCGCCGUCGUGGGCGCGGGGCUGCCCGAGGCGAGCGUGGCCGAUCUCAUCGCCGGGUUCGCGACGGGGGAGUUUGGGGGCGUGAAGGGGCUGACGGAUGCGAUUCAGGCGGUGGGCACGAGGGCGUACCAGGAGGCUAGCGCGGACGCGUUCAGGACUGUGUUCUUUGCGAAUAUUGGGUUUUCUGUUGUCGCGGUUGCGUGUGCGCUGUGUCUGCCUGAUGUGGAUAAGUAUCUGACGAGCAAGGUUGCGGCGACGCUUCAUCAGGGGAGGGAUGAGAAGAAGAUGGCGGGGGAGAAGGAGGCUUGA